AUGGCAACGGCAGAGCCGAAACGGCCGGCGGCCGGAAAGCGGGCUGCGCCCCGCGGCAAAGAGGCUGCGCCUCAGAUGAAGGAGAAGCUCUCCUCAGCGCCCGAUACAAAGGUGGGUGAAGAUCAACUUCGACGUGGACGAGGCCCUGCUUCAGCUUGCUCUGAGCCUGUCGGAGCAGCCAAGGACGCCAAGGUAGCCGAGAGGUAUCCCUACGGAAUGCCGCCGUUUGGAUACCAGCUGCAACAAGGCCCUGACGGGCGCCCAUGGCACACGGAUGGAAAGCAGUGGUGGCCUGCAGGUUUUGAGGCGAUGAUGGCCUCUCAACAAUGGUCGACGCCCUACUCCCCUUGGAGCUUUCCGAGUCAGAGGACUGCCUUCAACCCCAAGGAGUUUGAGGAGUACGUCAAGCAGCAUGCCACCAGAACGAAGGUGAAGACAGAGACGAAGGACGACAGGCCGAACAAGGAUGAGAAGAAAGACAAGAAGGACAAGCCUUCCAAGGAUGGGGGUCGUGACAAAAAGAAGAAGCAGAAUGAUGAAGGACCUCCGGAUGAUGCCCCCGAUUGGGGAGGAGAUGAUGAUGAUGGACCAGGCGAUGAACCAGAUCCGGAGGAUGACAGCCAAUACACGUAUGAAGAAGAAAGCGAAGAAGAAGAAGAGCUGGAGCAAGACCGUUCGGUCGAGGUGACGCCGAGGUCUAUGCCUGAGCCAGCACCACCGCCAGCAGGUGCUGGUGCAAGACGCGGGCCGCGACCCAGGCGUCAACAACAGCCGCAGGAGGAGCCACGAGGAACACAUCAUGUGGGCGGCGCCCCAAGGAGGCGGAGACCUCAGGGAUCACAUGGUGGUAGCAACCCGCCAUCUCUGCCUUCAAGAGGGUCAGCGACCCCAGCCUCGAGCCGGAGGACGGAGACCAUCCGGACGGAGUCCGUGCGGCAGCUGCUGCGAGAUCGUCCCGAUCAGCCAGAAGCUCGUGCCAGAGCCAAUCUGGGACAGGUGCGCUUGGAGACCUUCUCAGGUGACCGAGCGCAGUACAGGAACUGGAUGAAGACGAUUCAAGCGCAGAAGCAGCUGUACCAGAUACAGGACAAGGAGCUGGCCGUCUUGCUGUUCCUGUCCUGUACAGGCGAAGCCCGGGAGGUGCUCAACCAGUUGGAAGUUUCGGACAUGCAAGAAGAAGGAGGACUUCAAAGGAUCCUUCGCUUGCUUGAGGAUGCCUAUGGCAGCAAAGCAGACGAAAGAUUCGAGGAGAAGCAAAGUGCCUUCUUGAACUACCGACGAUCAGCUGGACAAAGCAUAGCAGCCUACUUGGCGACGCUAAAGCGGCUCCGAAACGAGUAUCUCCAGGAAGAUACCGGCUCAACCAUCAGUGACCGCGCAUUCGCGCAGAGAAUGCUCACAAGAGCGGCACUGACGCGCCGCGAACGCUACGACUGCUUCUUUGCAGCAGGCGGCGCCUACCGAUCUGCCCCUAUAGAAAAGGUCUUGAGGUUCAGGUGUGCGAACGUGCACAUUGAAGAACGCCCUGAAACUCGACGCCAAGAAGGAUACCCAAGGGCAUCAAGACCACCACCGAAGAGAAGAACCUUCAAAAGGUCAGAUCGCCGCACCCCUCACCGAGCUACCAGGCAUGCACAUGUGGCUGAUGAAGACGAUGGCUAUGACGAAGACGAGGACUUCGACCAAGCCACCGACGAAGAAGACUUGGAGCAAGAGGCGCUCAUGGCCGAGGAGGAGAUGCCGGAAGAAGAAGAUUGGAGCUACUAUGAGGAUGACGCCGAGAACGAAGAGGUCGAGGCGGUGGAUCAGGCAGCUUUGCAAGAGGCUUUUGCAGCUGGCUGGCGAGCGAAGGACAAGACCGCCCAGGCUCGGCAGAACCGUGGCUAUCGAGACAGCGGCAAACCCCAAAAGGGGAGAGGAAAAGGGAAGAGGCCUGACAGCCGCAAGCCGGACGACCGCAAGCGCAACAGCACUUGUGCGUCUUGUGGACAGAAGGGACAUUGGCGCGGCGAUGCAAUUUGUCCCAAUGUGCAGUCAGGCAAGGAUGCCCCACACCGGAAGGAAAGUUCAACCCACUAUACAACAGCAUCGGGUUCUGGGAAGGGCAGCGCUCUCCAACCCAAGCGGGGCAGCGCCCCAUCGCCUGAUCGAGCUGAUGACAGGCCUCCCCUGCAGCGCAGGCCAGGCUCAGCGAGCCGUGAAGAAGGCCAAGCUGGUACAACUCCGAAGUGCCCUCCUACACCGCCGCCGAAGAAGAAGGACGAGGUGGACAAGACCCCAAUGGAGACUUAUGUGACGCCGACACCAAAGGCGAAGCGGGAGAAGCCACCUGCGCCACCUCAUCCACCACCAGGACGAGCAAAGGAAGAGAUCGAGCGAUCCCCCAGUCGAAAGGAGCCAGAGUUGGAGCCGAAGGCUUCCCCAGGAGAAAAACCCAAGAAGAGAAGGAGACGCUCGGCUGGAGAUAAAGACAAGGACAAGGAUCGCCACAGGAGAUCCGCAGGAGAACAUCGAUCUGACAGGGAUCGCACACGCGAGCGGCGCCGCGCGAAGGAUGAGGGGGAGGCCACACCGGCCAGCACCCCAAGAGAAGGAGCAGAGGAGGCGUUUGUGUCACAGCCUUCAACAGGCACAACAGCACGCCAAUGCAACUGGACCUACAUGGUCGGCGGAUGGGAUGUUAUCAAGGACUAUGACUCCGAUGGAUCCAACACGGUUUCAUCUCAGGAGCUGGAAUCGGAGAGUGACCUGGAUGACCUGGUUCGCAAGUACCAGUUCCAGAACACCCCCGCGCCCAAGUCUGCGGCACGACAGAAGCUCAAGGUGAAGUUGAUGACAGUUCUCAAGUCCCUCACUGAGGAGGAGCAGGAUGAGGAGAUCAAACGCAGGCUGCAGAAGAAACAGGAUCGCCUGCGAGACAAGAUCACUGCGAAGGCGGUGAGAUCACAGGCCUCUGGUUCGGAAACUCCAGCCAGGACGAGGCCAAAGCAGGAGACGAGAGACCCAAAGUUAGAUGAAGACAUGGGUUUGUCGUCGGAGGAAUUGCUGAGGAUCCUUCCCAACAUGUCGAAGGAAGAGAAGAAGAUGCUCUACAAGCAGUUGAAGAAGGAGCGAGAGGAGGAUGCUCUCAAGCUCUUUGAGAAGGAUCCACCAGCCACUGCAUCAACAAAACUCAAGAGGCCAGAUCGCAGACGAGAUGGGUAUUCGGCAGCGACCAUGCCCACAUCUUCCACAGGCCGCAGCCUACGGAAGGAUGAGGUUGAAGAACCGCCAGACCAGGAGGAGAAGAUCCCAGUUGGCGUCAAGAAGAAGCGCAUGGAGAAGUUCCGAAGGCAACUUUAUGAAGCAACCCGGAAUCGAAAAGGGAAGAUUGUCCCUUCAGAAGCUUCGGAUCUUCCAAAUGCAGACCAGGAGCAAUGCUCACAUCCCUAUGAGCGCUUGCUCUGGGGUGCCAAUCUACAUGCCCAUUGGGCCAACUGCAAGGACUGCAAGCUGAGGAAGGUCUUGUACUACUCAGUCAUGCAUGGAGCGAUGACGUCCGACCAGUGCAGCCACGCUUUGAAUCAGGAGCACGAGGCCUACCAGGCGAACGUGCUGGCACCCGGACAUGUCAUCCUGGACACGGGAUGCCGAACGGCUGUGGCAGGACGUAAGUGGCAUGAGGCUUUGCAGUCCCUGAUGCUCAAGAAAGGUCUCCCCUUCCACAAGACCAACCACGAGGAGGUCUACCGUUUUGGGGCUGGAGCACCAGUCCUCAGCACUGAGGCUUUCUUGUAUGCGGUUCAGAUCUACGACCACAAGUCUUGGGUGAGGAUUGCAGUUGUCGACAACACCCCGGACGACAACAGGGUAGCUGAGUGCCCAGGCCUAGUAGGCCCUGCAGAGCUUGCCCGCUGGAAGGUGCAGAUUGACUUCGCCAAGUUGCAGGUUGCAAUUCAUGGGAAAUGGCAACCCACAGUUUUGUCGCCCUCCAGGCACCCAAUUCUCAACCUGCUGAACGUUGGCAAGCAUCCGAACCCAUCUGCAUGGGAGACCGGAGAUCUCAGAGAGCUGAGGCUGCGCCUCACCAAUGAUCCGCAUUCCUUUGCCCUCCUGCAAGAGGCAUUGGAUGAUCUGAGCUCAGAUGACGGCUGCGCCGCCGAGCCAGACCCAACUACGAAUGAAGCCGUCCAUUGGACGGGUCCCCAAUUUGAGAUGAUGGCCCGCUGGCAGAAGAAAUCCGAGUCUGAGACCAUCAACUUGCUGGAUGUGAUGGGAGUGGAUUGCUUCAGAGCCACUACCAGCAAGGACGAUGACGACACAUCAACAGGCUCAAUCAGCGAACGUGAAAGCGAGACAUCACACGAGGGUGGCUUACCACUCAACAGUUCAGAGGAGGAGACCACCGAGACCGAGGACGACAUGACGGACGAGGUGAUGAUAGCUGGCAGCGCCGGUGACACGGAAUAUCUUGGAAAGGGCCAGAAGCGAAGACUUUUGGCUGCUGCCAAGAACAUCAGUGAAGCCGUCGAGACCGAGCGCAACAUCUUCAAGAAGGAGAAGGAGGUCCCUCGAGUACGCCGGCUGCGCACCGGUUACAAGAUCCUGGAGAUCUUCACGUGGUCAUGCAUGCUUUCAAGGUUUGCCUAUGGAUUGGGCUGGGAGUAUCUCGAGCCGGUGACCUUGCCGGGUUGGGAUCUGACAGAUCCAAAGGUGCAGUAUGAGGCCCACCAGUACAUCGACAGGGUCGAUCCUGACUUCAUCAUGCUGGCAUGGCCUUGUGGCCCUUGGUCCCCACUUCAAAGAUUGAAUCAAAAGACUUGGACCCAGCGAGAAGCUCUCAAACACAAACAGAACACUUCGAAGAAGCUGCUGAAGUUCUCAGCUCAAGUCUCUUUGAAGAGACAACGGAAUGGCCGCGCCAUCCUGGGUGAAAAUCCCCUGCCGAGCCUGGCAUGGAAGCAAGAAGACAUCAUCGAUGGCUUUGGAGGCUUGGCAGAGGGCAUUUGUGAUCAAUGCCAAUAUGGCCUUCGACAUCCUGAAAACAAAAUGCCCCUGAAAAAGGCCACUCGCUUUGUUGGACAAGAAGAGAUAGUGGCCGAGCUCAGGAAGAGGUGCAAUGGGGAGCAUGAGCAUUUCCCUAUUGAGGGUUCAGUUCGAACCGAGGAGUAUGGCACUAUCAGCCUAUCUUCCUGGGCUGGAGGAUAUCCAAUUCCUCUGUGUAAAGCCAUCAUGAGAGGAGCUUUAAGCUUUCUGCAUCGGCCGGCUGCGCCGGGAAAAGAGAUCUACGUCUUGGAGGAGUUCGUCGCGGAGGAGUCCUUUCAAGAUGGAGCAGAAGGAAUCGAAGAAGAGGAGCAACGCAUUGCCCAGGAGAACAAGCGCAAGACUGAGGAACUUGAGGAGGACGAACGACGUCCCAUACCAAGAGAAGUACAGAAAGCUGUGGAACAUGCCCACAGACAACUUGGACACCCAAGCAGGGAUACGCUAGUCCGGAUGCUCCGGGUCUCUGGUGCCACAGAUGAGGCAGUACGACAUGCGCGGCGGUGGCAGUGCGAUGUGUGCCGAGCACAGAAGCCACCUGCCCAUCCUUUGGCUACAACACCAACUUUGAGGCCUUACGGUUUUAACCGUAAACUCCACCUGGACAUCAAGUUCGUACAUGACUCCAGAGAGCGAAAAUACCCCUGUCUCUCCAUCGUGGACUUGGGAACGGCCUAUCAUGGAGCUUGCCUUUGCAAAACCAGGCGCUCUGAUUAUGUGGCACGGAAGUUCCUGAUUCACUGGGUGCAGAUUUUUGGAGCCCCAGAGCACAUUCACCACGAUCAAGGGGGCGAAUUUGAACUGGCUUUUGUAUCGCUUCUGGAGGAUAUGGCUAUCCCAACAACUGUCACUGGAUCACAUGCACCAUGGCAACUAUCAGUUGGAGAACGACAUGGUGCAAUUUUGGGUACAAUGGUUUCUGCCAUCACUGCAGAACAUGCCACUGAGGGAUUUACAGCUAUGAAAUUGGUUCUCUCCUCUGCGGUGGCGGCCAAAAAUAUGACAGUGACGAGAGAUGGAUUCACUCCCAAUCAACGACUGUUUGGGGCUGAAGUGAAGUUUCCAAGUUUGACAGAGGAAAAUGUCAAGCCGAGCUUUGCCGAAGCUCUGGACGCUGAAUCAGAAUAUGCACGUGCUCACAAAAUGCGCAUCACGGCAAGACUUGCCUUGAUCAGAAUGGAUGUUCAGGAGAAGAUGCGCCGUGCAAUUCUGAGGAAGCCAGCCCAUGAAAAUGAAGGCCCAUUCGUGCCUGGAACGCAGAUCUACUUUUGGACACCGAAGAGGCUUACAAAACGCUAUGCUCGAGGUGGCCAAUGGCGAGGCCCUGCAACAAUCCUUGUCAGGGAGGCCAAGGAGAGGUAUUUCGUCAGUUGGCGAGGCCGCGCCCUCCUUCUGGCUGCGCCAAACAUCCGGUUGGCCACUCGUGAGGAGCUGGCUCUCAACGAACCAGCCAAAGAGGAUGCCGACAGCUUGGGUGAGUUGCUGCGCGACCCCAUGCGAGAGAAGGUCUACAAAGACCAGACCCGCUUAGCACCACCCAAGCGGGUGAAGAGGCGCCCUCCUACAGAGGAGAAUCCAGAGAGGAAGAGAGCGAGGAUGAUGCUACGAGGCAUAAAAUCCAUCAGGGAACUUCUGAAGGAUCGGUUAGCUGAUCUCAGGUCCCAAGUUCGAAAGAGAAGGAUGCCCAAGCAAGUUGAGGAUCAACCGGCUGCGCCGCAACCCAAGAAAAGAGCAAAAGCUCUGGAAGAUGGCAGCGUCCACCCAGAUGCGCCUUCCAUCCCAGGUCCACCGGCUGCUUUGCCAGGCCCCGGUGAUGGAAAUGAAUCGGAUGGAUAUACAGCUACAUCGCCCUACGAUGAAGGCGAAGGUCCACCACAGCCACCAACCGAUGAGGAAUUGCCACACAUCCCUUCGGAUGAUGAAGGCUUGGAUGAACCUUCAAGGGUUGAGGCCGAGCCUCCAACUGAGGUGCCCCCACAUGAGGUACCAGUACCACCUGAUGAUGAAGAAGAAUGGUUGGAGGAAUUCCGAAAACUUUCAGAAGAAGAUCGACGCAAGAUGGCUUUGGACGACGUCCCGCUCACUCUCAAGAGGAAGCAGGUACCAGUAGAUCCUGCUCAGGCGGAAGCUGCCGUCAAGAAGUUGCGAGCUAACUUCUGUGCUCAAGUGGCUGCGACCACGGUCUAUGGAAGCUUACAAAAUGAAUGGGUGUCCCGAUACGAGGUGGAGAUUCUCAAGCAGCUGACUGGUCUUCCGGUUACAGCUGCCAGGAUUCAUAGGACACCACGAAAGCGCUUCCAAAAACCCCCGAAGAUGGUGAGUCGCUCAAGACUCUCAAUUUUGAUUGGAAAAGACCCUGCAAACACUUUCAUCGUCAACGAGGACGAGGCUGACGUCAAGCAGAACCCACGCCGUCGUGCCAGCUUUCUUUGGAAAGGCAUGACGAUCUUCUACAAGACUGCCAAGGAGGAUGAGAAGGAACCCAUCUACAUCCAGCUUCCAGAUGGUCUAUAUCGGGCAGACAUGACCGCGCAGGAUGCCCAGGACUUUGAAGCUCUGUGGACGGAAGAAGUUCGAGAUCUUCUCACCACCGAAGCACUGCUGCUGAAGAUGAAGCAAGGUGGAAAGGAGUUGGACCCCUCCUACUUUGACAAGAAGGAGAAGGCAGCCUUUGAUGCGGCUGACGUCAAAGAAUGGUCUGAGUGGAUCAAGAAUGGAGUGAUUGAAAGAGUCAGCCCAGCUGAAGCUGCAAGGAUUCCAAAAGCCUCCAUCUUUCGAGCCCCACUCAGGAUGCUCAGGGUCAACAAACAGACCAACCAACUUUUGCCAUUGGUGGCGAAAUCACGACUUAUUGUGCCAGGUCAUUUGGACCCGCAGUUGGGAGAAUUUCGAACUGACUCCCCAACGUGUCCUCAAGCAGCUGUACGUGCAGCCAAGAGCGUGGCAGCAGCCCGCGGCUGGGGUGGCACUAUCUUCGAUGUUACAACAGCUUUUCUCAGUGGAAAACAUCUACAACGCCAAGUUUAUAUCCGAGCUCCACGAGAAGGUUUGCCCCCUGCCGAAGGAUGGACGGCAGUUGAACCAGGUGAGCUCCUACGCAUUCUCAAGAGUGCGUACGGAUUGACGGAAAGCCCAAGGCUUUGGUACCUUGAGGCCCUCGACAGGAUCAAGAAGACCGAACUACAGGAGUUGGAAAUGUCGAGGUCAACCUUCGCGGCAGGAGGUGGAAACAGUGGCAGCGCCACCUAUGCAAUCCUGUGCCUCCAUGUGGAUGACGGAUUACUUUUGGGAGAUUUACAGGACAAGCGAGUCCAGAAUCUCAAGAGGCAGAUAGAUGGAAUGUUCAAGAUCAAAGCUUGGAAGAACCUAUCUGCCAAAGAACCCGUACAGUUUCUUGGAGUGGAUGUAACUAUGGACUCAAACGGCAUCCACGACGACAUGAAGCAGUACAUCAACCAGAUCAAGGUGGAGCUCUUACAAGGAUCGGGACCACUGAACCCAAGAGAGCUGACGCUCUACCGCCAGCUUAUCAUGCGUCUGAGGUGGCCUGCUCAACAGGCGAUGCCGCACAUGCUCUACGAGGUAUCUGCCCUGGCACAACGAGUGAGCCGCGCUCAGCACAGUGAUUACAAAGAGGCCGUGAAGCUACACGGCAAAUUCAAAGAGGAAGCUUCCCAGGGCCGCGCCCGGCUGACGUAUCCGAAGAUCGAGGAGAAAGAGAAGAUGUUUUACAUCAGCUUCUUCGACGCCUCGGUCGGGAAAGAAGAAGAUGGAAAAUCCCAGUUGGGAUCGAUCCACUUCCUCACCACGGAGAAGGCCCGCACAGGCCCAGCUUUGGCAUCGGUGGUGGAAUUUUCCACCAACAAGAGCUCAAGAGUCCUGAGGAGCUCUAUGUCAGCUGAAAGCUGCAGUAUGUCCAUCUGCGUGGACCGCCAUCUGUAUGGCCGCCUGGUUCUAGACCGCUUGCUCUAUGGCAACAGGCCUUUGGACGCAGAUUGGCGAGUGACUAUGGGCUUGGACGGCGGAGUGGUUACGGAUGCAAAAAGCCUUUUCGAUCAUCUCAACACCACGGGCCAACUUCCGACUGAACGCCAAACGAUGUUGGAUUUGCUUGUGGCCCGACACCACUUGGAAGCCGGAGCGUACAUGUUGUUUUGGGUUCCUACCCAUCGUCAACACGCGGACGGCCUCACCAAGAAGAUGGUCAACUUGCUUUGGCAGGCGUUUUGCAAGGUGCCAAAGAUCUCACUGAAGGAGACUCCCGAGGAGAAAUCUCUGGAAGAUCAUCGGCGCCGAUUACGCCAAGGCCAGCGGCAGCGCCGCAAGCUGAAAAUGAAGGGCCGCGCCCUACCACCGGCUGCGCCGGGCAUUAAUUCGAACACACCAACACGUUUCCCUUCCGAUGUGAAGAAACACGGUAGGGUGGAAAUGCUGCGUUAUUGCGCAGUUUUCAGGGUGGAGAUGCUACGUUAUCGCUUUGUUUUCAGGGUGGAGAUGCUACGUUAUCGCUUUGUUUUCAGGGUGGAGAUGCUACGUUAUCGCUUUGUUUUCAGGGUGGAGAUGCUACGUUAUCGCUUUGUUUUCAGGGUGGAGAUGCUACGUUACCGCUUUGUGUUCAGGGUGGCCAUGCUACGUUAUCGCUUUGUUUUCAGGGUGGAAAUGCUACGUUAUCGCUUUGUUAUCAGGGUGGAGAUGCUACGUGAUCGCUUUGUUUUCAGGGUGGAAAUGCUACGUUAUCGCUUUGUUUUCAGGGUGGAAAUGCUACGUUAUCGCUUUGAUUUCUGGGUGGAGAUGCUACGUUAUCGCUUUGUUUUCAGGGUGGAGAUGCUACGUGAUCGCUUUCUGUUCAGGGUGGCAAUGCUACGUUAUCGCUUUGUGUUCAGGGUGGAAAUGCUGCGUUCUCACUUUGUUUUCAGGGUGGAAAUGCUACGUUAUCGCUUUGUUUUCAGGGUGGAGAUGCAGCGUUAUUGCUUUGUGUUCAGGGUGUCAAUGCUACGUUACCGCUUUAUUUUCAGGGUGGAGAUGCUACGUUAUCGCUUUGUUUUCAGGGUGGAAAUGCUACGUUAUCGCUUUGUUUUCAGGGUGGAGAUGCUACGUUAUUGCUUUGUGUUCAGGGUGUCAAUGCUACGUUAUCGCUUUGUUUUCAGGGUGGAGAUGCUACGUUAUCGCUUUGUUUUCAGGGUGGCAAUGCUACGUUAUCACUUUGUUUUCAGGGUGGAAAUGCUACGUUAUCGCUUUGUUUUCAGGGUGGAAACGCUACGUUAUCGCUUUGUUUUCAGGGUGGAGAUGCUACGUUAUCGCUUUGUUUUCAGGGUGGAAAUGCUACGUUAUCGCUUUGUUUUCCGGGUGGAAAUGCUACGUUAUCGCUUCUUUUUCAGGGUGUCCUAA